AUGAAGAAAGUUACUAGAAGAUGGAGUUGGUAUGCUAACUAUGAUGCAGGUAUAAGGGGAAGAAUUUGGAUUAUGUGGGAUCUCGACUUGGUGGAUUUUAUGUUGAUUGAAACACAAACUCUGUACAUACAUGGUCUGAUUAAAAUUUAUGCAUUAAAUGUGGAGUUUACUUUCACAAUAGUCUAUGGUCUACAUACUAUCCAGGAUAGAAGAAGUUUGUGGACUGGACUUGGCAAUCUAGCUAACAAAGUGCAGGGUCCGUGGGUAGUUAUGGGAGACUUCAACUCUAUUAUAGAUGCAGAAGAUAGAAUAGGGGGUGCACCUGUCCAAGAUGUGGAAACCAGAGACUUUAGAAGUUUCCUGGUUGACUCUAGUUUUGUGGAAUUAAUAUAUGUGGGUAGAAGAUAUACUUGGACAAAUUCACAUGUAUUCAGCAAGAUAGAUUGGGCCUUUGUCAAUUCAGAUUGGAUACAUGUUAUGCCUCAUUUAGAAGCCACAAUUAUGGAUUCGGGAUGCUCAAAUCAUUCCCCUAUAUCAAUAAGUUUUGAAGACGCUCCUGGUAGAGGUCAUAGGCCAUUCAGGUUCCUUAACUGCCUAUCUGAUCAUCCAAAUUUCAUCCAACUUGUGAGAGUCGAUACCAGAUUAUAA